AUGAGCAACACACUACCCAACCCCACCGAUCUCUCCCUCCCACGUAUCCUCUGCCUCCACGGCGGCGGCGUCACAGCCGAAAUCUUCCAACUCCAAGCCCGCAGCCUCAUCAGAGCUCUCCCAGCCUUCCGCCUCGUCUUCGCCGACGGCCCCUUCUACUGUGCCCCCGGCCCCGGCAUCGCCCCCGUCUACGAGGACUACGGCCCAUUUCGCCGCUGGCUACGCUGGCUCCCCGAACACGCUGCCAUUGACGACGAGUCCGCCAUCGAAGAAGUCAUUUAUGCGAUUGAGACUUGCAAGAGUGGGGAUGCUGGAACAGGGGCUUGGGUAGGGCUUUUGGGGUUUAGUCAGGGGGCUAAGCUCGCGGCUAGUUUGUUGUAUGAGCAGCAGGUGCGGCAAGAAAACACGGGGAGAGCGGAUACGAGCUAUAAGUUUGCGGUGCUGUUGGCGGGAAGACAGCCGUUGAUGCGCUUCUCUGAAUACUCGGUUGGGCCGGCGACUCUGGGGGCUGGAGAGAUUAGUGAGGGCUUUAGGUAUGAGGGGCCUAAUGAGCAUGUCUUGAAGCUACCGACGAUUCAUGUCCAUGGACUUAAUGAUGCUGGACUGCAUCUUCAUAGGGAUCUCAUGAGGAAGUACUGUCAUCCGGAUAGUGUCACCCUUGUGGAGUGGGAUGGAGCGCACCGCGUGCCGCUGAAAAAGACGGACGUCGACAGGAUAUGCACAGAGAUAUACAGGGUCGCAAAAGAGCAGGGUGUCCGGAUUGAUAUGGAAGCAAGAUCAUCCAUAUGA